CUCUCCUACACUAAACAGUCUCCCUUUCAACCAACACAAUCACUAGAAACAAACUAUCAUCACAAUGUCAAGCCAAUCAGGCGGUAUCACAGUCCAGUACAACCCUUCCCCAACAAACUACCGCCUCAUCGAACUCCCUCCGGACCUAUUAUCUCUUCUCGAAUCCGACGAUGCACCCGUAUUGACCAUGGAGUCCUCUGAUUCGUCGGCUGUUAUCAAAACGCCUACAAAGACGUAUGCUCUUCGUCAGAAGAACACUUCAAAUGCUCUCAUGCUCCUCUCACCUACGCCUUUGCCUGCAUCGUCAGAUGGACCCCUCGAGCAGGGUGUCUCUAUCAUUUCGACCAUCAAGGAGACUGUGGAGCUAGAUACUGUUCCUGAUGUGUCUGCUGGCACUACGAAAGGAUUUGGUGGCGGUAAGGGGAAGUGGCAUGAGCGAUUUGGGAGAAACAGGUAGUAGGCUGUAUAUGAAUAUUAUGAUACGCUUUGAUUACCUCAAGAAUAGGCAAUGCGGAAUAUGAGUCAAGGUAUUGUCUUCC